AUGUACAAACCCAGCAAACAUUUUCUAUAUGACGUAUUAUGCUAUAUAAGCAGAGUUUUAUCGCUGGCAACUCUGCAGCGACAUUGGCUUUUUCCGAUGGUACAAAAUUAGAUAGUACAAUGUGCAAAUAAAUGCAAUCUAUGUAAGAGACAGUUGGAAACAUUCGUUGUGAUCAAGAAGUUACUAGAUUUAAAAUGGUAUUCGGUGUUUCUUUUCAUACCUUGUAUCCAAAGGGUAAAUGGGUAAAUGGUAAAUACUAGUUUAGUGGGAAUGUAUGUAGAAGAAGGUGUAGCAGACCCCAAUAAGUAUACUCGUAUAUCAGGAUGACGAGUCGAUUAGCCAUCUUGUCUGUAUGAGCGCAAGGAACUCAGCAAGUAAGAGCUUGCAUAACCAAACCCGUACUUGGUACAGUCAGGCUUGCUCGACUGUAGCAUUCUCUCUUGUUUUCAAUUAUGUUGUAAUUGAAUAGAAUGUUUCUGAUAUAAAUGUUGUGUAGAAAGGAUUAAGUUAUUGAAUCUAUCAGUCAGGUGGGAUGGUUUUAAGCACACAAACUUGUCAACACAUAACGAAACUUCAUCUAAAACGGCAAUUGUUUACAAUACUCGUAGAUAGGUAGUAAAGUAAAUGAACUCAAUCAAUUAAUUUAUAAACAAGAUCAUUCCCAAUGCAUUACAAAUCAUUGCCAUCCCCUACUGUAUGCACCACAUGCAAGCCUAUUGAAACGGUUAUGAUAAUUGAAUGAUUCGGUCUUUUGAAAUGCAUAGAGCCAGAUAACGCUCCCCGAGCGAACGCAAAAAUUAAUUGGGCACACCUGUAAUGCUGUUUUGAUUGCACGGUAGGAGAGGAUAUAAAUACAAGAGCGGGUGACGGCAGAGCACACAGUUCGGUGCAUAGGUCACGAGACAUGAAGCAUUUACUAAUUGGGCUCCUUGCCGUGCUGAGCGCCCUACCCAAGGACCAGCUCCUGGGAUCAGCUACCGGCUGCACGCGUCGUUAUUUACGUCGCAUCAAUGGCAAGUGCUAUUACUUCUCUGUGAAAAAGAUGAACUGGUUUGGUGCACUAAACAAUUGUCUUCGGAAGGGACUCACACUGGCCGAUCUUAGUAAUCAAAGAGAUUUUUACGGUGCCAUUGGCUUCCUCAGCUCGAAGGGAAACACGGAGGACUUCUGGUUUGGCGGCAACGACCUGCAGCAUGAGGGCCGCUUUCAAUACAUAAGCAAUGGGCGACUUGUGCGCUUCUACAGUAACUAUAGUAUUGUAUGGCCGGCAGAGCACUCGGAGUGUGACGAUUGCCUCGAGGUGCGCAUACGUGCCAACAUGACAGUUGUGGCCGACGACAACUGCAUGGAACGCCAGUAUUUUAUAUGCUCAGAGCGCUACUGCGACGACUCCGAAGGAAGCAAGAAACCACGUCAUCACAGUCACGAGCACUUGCAUCAUUUCCACCACGAUAUUGGGGAGGGCAGCGAAGAUGGAUUUGAUGACCAAACUGAGCCACCAAUUGGCAGCGGCACAGGCGAAGUAACUGGUAGUGGAAGUGCCUCAGAAGAGGUUGUCGGAGGUGGUACAAAUCAACCAAGUCAGCUACCAGACGAAGAACAAUCAACUGACGAGCCUACCUCAACCACUGAAAGCCUUUCUGAGCCAUCUGACAACAACGGCGAAUUAUCUGAAGGAACCGAAGUACUCGAAGAAGUUUCCACUCCAUCUGUAGAAACGACAGGUGCGGAAAGCGGACAACCGGAGCAAGUAUCAACCGAUGUGCGGCAAUUGAAAGUACCCAUGCACUUCAUGCAAUGA